CUGCUGCAGUGAUUCGAUCCACGGCCGCAAGUCACUAGUGGUGUGCUCCCUGAGGAGGAAUCAUGAAAUUGGUUGCUGUAAUCCUUGCCCUUUCGGUCAUCUCAGGCUGCCAGGGAAACUUCUUGUUUCAGGAUGAACCUAAAACCCAUUGGGAGGAGAUGGUGGAUAAGUUCUGGGAGUAUGUAAAUGGUGUGAGCUCCAGGGCUGAAGAUAUGAAGAACAGCAUACAGGCCACCCAACUUGGAAGAGAGCUUGACACACUGAUCAGUGACAGCAUGGCUGAGCUGCAGAUGUACACUGAUGAUGUGAAGUUGAAGCUGGCACCCUACGCUGAGCAGAUGGCUCAAAGAGUGCAGGAUGAUCUUCAGCUGCUGUCAAACAAGCUGCGUGUACAUAUGGAGGAGGCAAAGGUUCAAAUUACAGCAUACAGCCAGGAGCUCCAGACCAUAGUGGAGCAGAACAGAGAUGAGCUCCAGAACAAAGUCAAUGCAUACAUCCGUAAACUGAAGAAACGCCUCAACAAGGAUACGCAGGAGAUCAAAAAGAAAGCAGAAACAUACUUGGAGGAAGUCCAAGCUCGUGCUGCUCAGCAUGCGGACGAUGUGAAUGAGCGCCUGAAGUCUUAUUUUGAUGUAGUACGUCAGAAUGCUGAGGACAAAUUUAACACCCUUAAAGAUUUGCUGAAUGACCAAGCUCAACAAAUGAUGGAGAAAUGGGAGAAACUCAAAGAGCAGGCUGAGCAGUUCAAAAUGAAUCUGUACACCCCGUUCCAGGAGAAAAUGGAGGAGGUUAAAAUCUGGUUUCAGCAAUUCUUUAAUUGAGGAGGAGCUAAAGAACAUCAAUAAAAGUUUUAAACCAUACACCUAAAAUCCAACAAGCUGGAAAUUGACAUUAUAAUCAGGUUAUGCAAGAAAAUAAAAAAUACUUAGGCCUACCAGUGUAUUUUAGUAGAACUCUAAAGGGAUUUUUAUUGGAGCUGUUGUGACUGUUUAUUCAGUACUAAAGUUAAAUGAUUAAGUACUUUAUGAGCCUGUUUGAACCUGUUUGUUUUGAUUACACUGCUUAAAUCUUGGGCCUAAGCUGUGUUAUAAAACCACAAUAUGAUACAAAGAGAUAAAGCUACUAUAACAAGUAAUGGCGAGACCAUAAAAUGUUCAAAUAUAAGCAAGCCACUGACAAGGUUGUUGAUCUUGCCAAUUUGUAGUAACAUAAGUAAUAUGUUGUAAGCAGAUAGUUAUCCAUUUCAAUUGCCAACUUUCAAUAAAAGUAAGAAACAA